AUGGUAACAAUUAGAGAACGGGAACAGCGUAAGCUCCAUCAACGUUUGGCGGUUGGACAUGCCGUCUGGUGGAUACCCUACACCACCACCAUCAAUGACCCACCUGUGAUGGUUCGCGAUGAGCAAACUGUUCCACACAAAUUGUCAUUUGCCGCUGCGUUAAAGGAUUUGUUGGAAAAUCUCUCGUUUCAUUGUUAUGGCAAAUUAGUCGAGCACGGAUAUCGCAUUCAGGAACGUCUCUUCUGGCUCAUUUUCCAUAUAACUGCACUGAGCGUGCUCAUCGCAUUCGUUUGGCACACGUACAAGGAUAACACGGAGGCACUGGUGACCACCAUAUACAAUCCACAAUAUCCUGUGAGUGAUGUCGAUCUGCCUGCCAUCUCUGUUUGCACCAUGAAUCGCAUUUCCAAUCGCGCUGUCUGGCAUUAUGCCCAGGAACUCAGCGACAAGGAUCCCAAGCUGCGAAAUGCGAGCUUCUUUUAUAAGGAACUUCAAGCAUUUGGCAUGUAUUACGGCCCCACAGAAUUGGGUGAUUAUGACAGGGUUCUGAAACUUCAGGGAUUCCUUGAUGUCCUUGAUACGGAGCCUGACGAGCUCUUCUUCAAUACCAGGAAGCGCCUGCGAGAUCUAACUCCCAACUGCAGUGACAUGUUCGUAUCCUGUCGUCUGGCUGGCAAGUCCUUUGACUGCCUGAGACAAUUUGAGGAGUCCCUAACAAGCUAUGGAUUCUGUUGUACCUUCAAUCUGCGUGGAAAAUACUUUAAGGAGCGACCUUAUUUGCAGCGUUUCUUCGGAGCCGACAUGGGUCUAGCGUUGACACUAAAGUCCACACCGAAUGAUAGUUUUUAUAAACUACAUCAGCGAGAUGGUUAUCCUGAUCCGCAAUCUGGCGGUGUGUCCGUACGAUUUGUGAAUUUUGGGGAAAACACUCACCUGCCCGUGCAUCCAAAAAUCUUUGAAACUGUUGCGGAGGCACGUCAAAUGAGUCCCACUGUGCGUAAAUGUCUUUUUGAGGAUGAGAACACAAAACUUCGUCACGACUUCAAUCGUAGCUAUACAUUCAGCAAAUGUAUCUCCGCCUGUCGGGCCCGCAGUAUCUUCAGCUUGUGCGGAUGUCUGCCCUUCAAUAUACCUAUACUCUUUAUUCAGGGUAACGUGGGUAGAGUUUUCUGCACCCUCCAGCACAUGGAGUGUCUCAGACGCUACAAGUUUAAAUGGCUGAAUGUCAUCACCAGUCGCGUCAAUAUGACUGGUCUGGAGCAUGAGCUGGAGGAUGCUCUCUAUUGUCCCCACUGUCUGGCCUCCUGCACGGAGAUUCGCUACCGUGUCCGUGGUGCAAUGGCGCUGGCCCUCAAUGGCUUAUACAAGCCCAUCAACAGCAACAACAUGGAUGCCAAUAACAGUUAUGGCCAUGACAGUACCGAGUUGGCCGUUGUGCGUAUUUACUUUGCCGAAACGCACAUUCAAUACUUUCGGCAGAUUAUUAAAAAUGCCUGGUAUGAGAUCUUCAGUACAAUUGGCAACAUCUGCGGCAUCAUAGCGGGCUUCUCAUUGAUUGGCAUCUGCGAGCUGCUAUUUUUCCUAGCCAAACAAUUAUGGCAUGCAUACAAAACGGAACUGAAGGCGGAACUCUGCCACAGUCAUAGCCAUGCCCAUUCCCAAUCCCAAUCCCAUUCCCGAUCCCGUGCCCGGGCUAAUGGCCGUGCAAGGGAAACUCAGCAGCCAAUGGAACUUCUCAUACUGCCGUAA